UAUUAGGAAUUGGCUCCCUCCCUUUUUCUCCUGAAACCCUAACUCUCCAAAAGAGAGAGACAGAAAAAAACCCGUGUUCAAUCCCCAAAUCGAUUUCGGAACCCUAGCGGAUCGAUUUCGGAACCCUAGCAUUAAUUUCUUCCGAUUUGGUUGAUUUGGUAGGGAGAAAUGGGGAAGAAGAAGAAGAGAUCGUCGUCGGAUAAAGUAUGGUGCUAUUACUGUGACAGGGAGUUCGAUGAUGAGAAGAUUUUGGUUCAACAUCAAAAGGCUAAACACUUCAAAUGCCAUGUGUGUCAUAAGAAGCUUUCUACUGCUGGUGGUAUGGCCAUUCAUGUUCUUCAGGUUCACAAAGAAACCGUCAGCAAGGUACCGAAUGCCAAAGAAGGCAGAGAGUCAACAGAUAUUGAAGUAUAUGGAAUGCAAGGAAUCCCACCUGAUGUCUUAGCAGCGCACUAUGGAGAGGAAGAUGAUGAGAUCCCAGCAAAAACUGCCAAAGUGGACAUUCCAUCAUCCCAGUAUCUUGGUGGUGCACUUCCAGGAUAUCCUCCUCGGCCAACUUUUGGCGCAGUACCACCACUUUAUAAUCCUGCUCUGCCUAUGCCCCCAGCUGGUUGGCCAGUUCCACCUCGGCCUUGGUAUCCACAGUAUCCUCCUGGCUCGGUUCCACCUCCUGCUCCGAUGAGUCUGCCGCAACAACCGUUAUUUCCUGUGCAAAAUGUUAGGCCUCCAAUGCCAGCCACUGCUCCGCCAACACUUGUUGCUCCUCCAGGGAUCCCAGCCCCACCUGUUCCAGUGUCUCAACCGUUGUUUCCUGUUGUUCCUAAUAACAACAACCUUGCGCAAAGUUCGCCAUUCUCACCGCCGCCGAUGUCAAUGAGUGUGCCAUUGAGCUCUGCAGCUGAAGCAAAGAGCUUAUUUGACCCAAACAUGGGCAGCAAUGCUCCUACCGCCAUUGGCUAUCAGACUUCAGCCCCAGUACCAGUAAAUUCACAUUCUUAUGCCUCUGGCCCAAAUACUGGUGGACCCUCAAUUGGUCCACCACCUGUUAUUACAAACAAAGCUCCAGCUAAUCAACUAGCAACGAAUGAGGUCUACUUAGUUUGGGAUGAUGAGGCCAUGUCCAUGGAGGAAAGAAGAAUGUCCUUGCCAAAGUAUCAGGUGCACGAUGAGACUAGCCAGAUGACCUCUAUAGAUGCGGCAAUAGACAGAAGAAUAUCAGAAAGCAGACUUGCAGGGCGCAUGGCUUUCUAGACCUGAUCGUUUAGCUCUGGUUGGAAGGGUGCUCUCUCAGUCGUAGGAAAUUGUUUAAACUUAACAAAAUUCUACUUCAAAAAAGAAGUCUGCCUGUUCUGGAUUCAUAGGAGGUUUAGUUGUUGUAUUCUUUAGGAACAAAUAUUUACGCCAGGCAUUCAUUUUACCUAGACAUAGGAAUAUGGAAAAUGUAGCAGAUUGUCGUUGUGGGUUAGUGAUACAGCCGUGUGGUUUAUCUGGGGUAUGUAACCUGUUGUGCAAUUCGCUUUCAGGGCAUAUUCAAUUUAUUUGAGUAAAUUUUUUCUGGAUAA